AUGAAGACUUCAUCUGAGACCCAUUUAAAACCGUCACAAUCUGUACAAGUGAGUUUAACCAACACUUAUUAUGUCUAUUUGAGGCCGUAUGUUCACAAGUUCUUAGAAAGGGUGUAUGAGUUGUUUAAUGUGGUCAUCGUCACUGCAAGUGACCAAGAGUAUGCAGAUCAAGUACUCGAUUUUCUUGACCCUCAAGCCAAGCUGAUUAUUAGACGUUAUUAUUGCAAUUCAGGUUCAUAUUAUCAUGGCAUCUAUGUCAAGGAUCUACGCAGACUUGGGGUCGAUCUUGCUAAAGCUGUAUUGGUUGAUAAUUGUUCAGAUAAUUUUCGCUUACAAAAAGACAACGGUAUUAAGAUUCAAAGCUGGUAUUUUGACCAGCAAGAUAAAGAACUUCUUGUACUACUCCCUUUCUUAGAGAGGUUAGCUGUUUCAGAUGAUGUAAGGCCUAUCGUUGCAGAGAGAUUGGCUCAUUGCAAGAAUGAAAAGAAAUGUGGUUGCAAACAAGAAAAGAGCACUGAAGCUCCCAAGAAGCCCGUAAACAAAAGCAACAAGGAAAAUGUGCCAGUAUCAUCAGGAAGGAAAAAUCGGGGAUAA